AUCAAAAGUGCGUAUAUAUAUCCAGUGCGCAAUGGUCACACGUUCAGUGCAUUCAUUUCAGGCUAUCAGCAUUUGCGGCUACCAGCAGCAGCAGUUCAGUGUCAUGCACUUCUUGUGUAUCCAUCGAAAUCUCUUCCUGUCGUCGCCAUCCAAGUCACUUAGUUACCCGGGUGGAGAAACCAAAGCAUAGCCCAAAGAUUUAUAAACAAUAUAGCAGUCUCUUGUUGGGUAUAAUUAGCGGCGAGGUGCAGGUUCAAGAAGGCCCGUGGCGUCAUAGUCUCCGGAAGGUCGGAGAUGGAUGCCGAGCUGGGCGAGGACGUGGUCACGGAGAUCCUCGCGAGGCUGCCGGCCAGGUCGCUGGCGCGGUUCCAGUGCGUCUCCACCUCGUGGCGGCGCAUCAUCUCCAGCGACUACCUCCGCCGCAUGCUGCCGCUCAUCACGUCGGGGGUUCUCUACCACGACGGCCCCCGCGGCGGCGGCGAUGACGGCGCGAGGCGGGCCUACACGUACGCUUGCGCGCCGGACGGCGGCGGCGUCGCGGAGGCCGGCGACAUGGCCUUCUUCCCGCGGCACAACGCGUCGACCAUCAUCGACGGCUGCAACGGCCUGCUGCUCUACUACGCGUCGCGCCCGGCGGCGUUCCACGUCGUGAACCCGACCACGCGGCGGUGGGCGGCGCUGCCGGCACCGCGCGCCAGGACGCUGCUCUCUGUGCUGGCGUUCGACCCCUGCGCCUCGCCGCACUACAAGGUGGUUUGCUUCACGGGCUGGCUGCCCCGGGGCGCGACCAUCGAGGUGUUCGACUCCGAGCGCGGCGCGUGGCGGGACCACGAGGUCGACUUCGGGAUCGACACCGACGCCAUGUCGGCCACCAUGCACUACUCCGGCGGCGCGCUCCACGUGCUGGCAUACUCGGGGCACGUCGUCCGCCUCGACCUGGGCACCAUGGCGUGCGCGGUCACCGCGCUCCCGGCGCCCGUCAGCUGCCGGGCGCGCGCCGGGCACUGCCGGGGCCGCCUCCGGUUCGCGUCCAGCGACGGCACGCGCCUCAGGAUCUGGGAGCUCGAGGACGCCGACGCGGGGGACUGGGCGCUGAAGCACGAGAUCGGGGUCAGUGACGUCGUCCCCGGCGGCUCGAGCCAGGCCAUCACCUUCCUGUUCAUGGCGUUCCACCCGGAGAGGGAGGUGGUGUACCUGUGGUCGCCGUGGAAGCUGCUGGCGUUCGACUUGGUCGAGAAGCGCGUCGAGGAGGAGUGGGCGUUCGGGUCGGAUAAAGAAGGCGCGCAUCUCAUUCAGAUCUGGUUGUUUCCAUUCUCGCGCCACUUGGCCAACGCCCUGGCCUGACUUGGCUUGCCGACGCGCUGAAAACGGCCAUGGGGGAACCGGGGAAGAUUGGAAGAAUGUGACUGCGUCCAAGUGUGCAGGAAGGUAAAAGAACAAAGAAAAAAAACUAAGGGGGUGUUUGGGAGGAGGGGGCUAAAUUUUAGCCCCCAUCCUAUCGAAUGUUUGGACACUAAUUAGGAGUAUUAAAUCUAGACUAAUUACAAAAUUAAU